AUGUGCAUUAACAGCAGUACAGUUGAACCUGUCAUCUGCCCCAGAGGAUACUAUUGUUGCUCAGAAACAAGUGUCCCGGUGCCAUGCCCAGAAGGGACUUACAAUACUUUGGAAGGUGCCUCCUCCAUUGGUGCAUGUGUAAGCUGUCCAGCUGGUUUAUACUGCCAAGGUGUGGCAAACUCUGAGCCUGAUGGUCCAUGCAUAGGAGGAUAUUACUGCCAGGGAGGAGCAAAAGUUCCCAUACCACAUAGUGAUCCAAUUUUUCCAAUGAGUGGUCCAUGUACUGAGGGACAUUACUGUCCAAUAGGCACAAAAGCACCAAUUCCAUGCCCGGUGGGAACAUUUAAGAAUACAACUGGAGGAGCUUCACUAGAAUCCUGUAUUCCAUGCCACUCUGGCAAUUACUGUGCCCAGGAAGGGCUGAGCCAUCCCAGUGGGCUGUGCAUUGCUGGUUUCUACUGUCCUGCCCAUCACAGCUCACCGUACAGUUUCUUCUGCCCACAGGGACAUUUUUGCCCCAAAGGUUCAGGAACUCCUAUCCCAUGUCCAAUGGGAAAAUAUCAGCCAAAUUCACAUUCCAGUGUGUGCAUUCCAUGCCAGGCUGGCUUUUACUGUGAUAAAGUUGCAACAGUUGAGCAUAAACCCUGCCCAUCUCAUUUUUACUGCCCAGAAGGUACAGUGAUUCCUAUUGCUUGUCGCCUUGGAACAUUCACCUGGAAGGAAAUGUCAGGUUUGAAGGAGGAAAAGCAAUGCCUACCUUGCCCCACUGGCAAAUACUGCAGAGAAGGAAAGAUUCAAGGAAAUUGUGCUGCCGGUUACUUCUGCCUUGCUGGUAGUUUUAAUUUUACCCCUCAUGGAAUUCUCCCUAAUGCCUCAACUGACUAUAAUCCAUGUAAGUGGGGCCAGUCGUGUGCUGGACCAUGUCCUGCAGGUUUCUUUUGUCCUCGGGGGACCAAAGUAACCAAGCCCUGCCCAGCAAAUACAAUUAGGUUACUGCCUGGUGGCAGACAGCAAGAGGACUGCCAGCCAUGCCCACCUGGAUACUGGUGCAAAGAAGGACUGACCACCUAUGAAGAUUACAAAUGCCCGCUGGGUUAUUGGUGUCCUGGAAAAGGGAACCCCAUGCCCUGUCCCAGUGGAACAGUGGGAAACAAGACUGGAGCUGCCAUUUACAAGGACUGUCAACCAUGUCCGCCAGGUUACUACUGCCCUGAUCCAAAACAAAUUGGUCAGCCGAACAUCAAUGGACUACCCUGUCGAGCUGGAUACGAGUGCCCGGAAGGUUCAGUAAGUGAGGUUUUGUGCAGAGCAGGUUCCUAUUGCAGUGCCAGGACAGGGGUUGCAGUCCUGUGCCCUGGUGGUUAUUUCUGUCCGCUUGGAUCCCACACAUACAAUACUCCAGAGCAACUGUGUGUGUUCCCCUAUUUCUGUCCUGCUAAUAGUUCUUCGAUGCUGCCUUGUUAUGGAGGGUACAUGCCAAUCAACAUGACAGGUUUGAGGGAUCAGCUGGUGAAAGCCUGUCUAAUCUGUGAGGCUGGAACUUAUCGGGGAUAUUCCGCUGCUGAACUGUACUGCAGACCAUGUCCUGCAGGUUUCCACUGUCCAAAGGGUUCUGCAAGCUAUUUGUCACAUCCCUGUCCAGUGGGCUAUUAUUGUGCUGAAAAGACCACAUUGCCGGCGCCUUGCUCUCCAGGAACAUAUGGAAACAGCAGCCAUGCAAAGCAUCUCCAUGAAUGCUACCCAUGCCCUGAAAACACAUUCAAUCAUCUCCCUGCACAAAGAGCUUGUUUUCCAUGUGGAAGUACUUCCUACUCAGGACUAGGCUCCACAACAUGCAAGUGCUAUGGUUUGAACCGGGCUUUCCAGGAAUCUGAUGGGUCAUGCAUUUGUAAGACUGGCUAUGUUUACUACAAUGAGGCAGAUCAGAAAAGCUCAAACAGUAACAGUGGCAUGGACUGUUAUCCCGAGGUGGACGAUCGUUGCAGCACCAAUGAGGCACGGCUGGCAUCUUCAAGACGAUGUGUUCUCCCUGAGCACCAUAACUGUACUCCAUUGUGUGGGGAAAGUGGAGGAAAGCUGGAUGUGGAACUGGGAAUAUGCCAUUGUAAUAAAUACAUCUCUGCUGAGGAGCUCUGUGACAGAGUUUGUGUGGCUGGAUCACUGAAUAUCUCUGCAAGUAUCCGAACAACUGGAGAGUUUGUUUUAACCAUUCAGAAUGGAAUGGCCAAAGAUCAGAAAGAGUGGGUUGUUGCAGAGGUGCUUGGUCCAGAGGAACACAUUUCCAAAAGUCCAAGAGUGCAUUUCAUCCACUUCGAGCCUGCUGGAAUUUUUGGUUGGAUUUUAUCUGGAAAGAACAUGGUUGAUGAGUUCCUAGCAGAGCCAGAGCAGCCUAUAAUGUUUGUGAAUCCACAAUAUCGGUCAAAAGCACCAGGAUACUUACAAAGCACCGCUUCUAGAGAGCUGCAUGGAGGAGUUCACAAAAUUCCAAACCCGAUCGUCUGCCUGAAACCAAAAGACUUGAUCCUCUUCAAGCUCAACAUCUAUCAGAGAAAUCGUAGUUUGAGUCACUACCCUGUUUACCAGAAAGACCACCUGUUCAACACAAAUUCAGAGUGGGAUUUUGGAUCUUUCAGGAAAUUGGAUCAUUUCAUUAGGGAAACUAAUUUCAACAUUACCAGGUUUGCACAUGCUUUCAUGGAACCUGGGAAGUACAUCUUUCAUGACAAUGCAGAAAAGGAUCGGACCCUAAUUGUAAGUGUCAGCAUGUUUGGUGCAGAGUGCGACACUCUACCAGUCCAGCCUUCCUCCCCCUUCCAGCUUGUGAGACAUGGAAUUCUAAAACGGCAAAAUCUCAACCUGACACCUGAUUGGAUUCUCAUUAUAGGAACUCUUAGUGUCCUUGCUGUGAUGACUACACUUUUCACAAUGGCCACCUUGAUGUUGAAGCCUUUACAGUCCUCAUUAAACCCCCUGCAGCAGUGGAAGCCAAAGUGGCGCAGUUUGGGAGAACCUUAUAUCCCACCUGAAUAUGUUAUACUGAGAGACAGCUUGGAUUUUUACCAAGCUCUUGGGCCUCGAGGUGCUGGAGAAGGAGCAGAAUCAGAAGAGGAGUCAACCCACGUUGUAGCUAAAAGACAACAGGAGACUGAACUGGAGGAUUUUAGUGUCCACACUUUGUUUGAUAAACUGGAGGACCAGAAUCUUCACCUUGCUUCUCAGCUAAGCAAACAGAAGAAUGAUCUACAGGCAUUUUAUCGACAUAUCAGCCAACAGAUUCAUGAGCUAAAGGAAUUGUUAGAAUAUUUAAACCCUUACGAAUGCCAAAAUAUGGAAGGAAAAUGGGUAAUAGUAGACCAGUUGGAAACCUCAACUACAGCUGAUGCUGAAACUUCCGAUAAAACAAAAGGCGAAGGAGUAAGUCAGCAACUUGAGGAACUAUUUUUUAAUCUACACAGCUUGGUUUAUAAAAUCAACUCUGGACACAUUACUAUCUCCAAAGAAAUGAUUGAAAAGGCACAAGAACUGUAUGGAUCUCCAGGUAGUUUGGAUAUGCCCACUCAAGCCCAAAUAAAACCAGAGAGACUAGAUCACGUUGACAAUGCAAAAAAAUCAAGCAUUGUUCAAAUACAAGAAACAUGUUCAUCUUUGAUAAAAGAAGAAGUGCCAAUCCCUGAUUCAAACUUUCCUUACUAUGAGGAACUUACUGAGAUCCUACUGUCCUAUCCACUUCUGAAAAUACUGGAAGAAAUUAAACAAACAUUAAUAAAUCAUCAACAUGAACUGCAAGCAGAAAGCAGUAAUAAUCUACCAGAUCUCACUCCACUGAGUGACCACAGUCUCAUUCCAGCUGAUUUAGGCAACCUGAGUCCACACCAUUUUGUGAUCUACAGAUUUGGAUGUUCUAUCACCCACUUACUCUACAGUAGUUGUGACUACACUCCAUUAACUCUUCUCAUGGCUGAUGACGUUCCCAAUGAACAAGACAUCCACUGCAAAAAUAGGUCAUACACCAAUGGCUUUUACUAUGAUGCUAAUAACCGGAUACUGUACAUCAGAUCAGCCUGGCUCAACAAUGUAGGACAGUUUAUCGUUCUCAUUCUGCAUGUAAUGGCACAUGUUAAAGCUGGAAUCCAAAUAAAUGAUGAUCACCCUACCUUUACUGAGGAAUUUGAUCAUACAGUUGCCAUUCUGGCCACCACCCUGUUCCAAAUGUUCUUUGACACCACUUCUUCCGUGGCAGAGGUGCAUCAAGAUGCUGAAAUAUUGGACUCCAAAAAUGGGGGAAAAAAUAAACUAGUUCCUUCCACUCAAUCAAUCUUUGAAGACCUUAUUCAUAUCAAAGUACCACCUGAAACCAAGUUUAUGGAGGAAAUUCUAAAUGAAAGACUUAAGAAAUACACAGUCUUUAAUUUGCAUAAUGUACUACAACAAAUCCUGAAGUCCACAGAUACUUACAAAGGAUUCUCAGUCCAGAAAGCAAGACGAAUGACUGAGUUGACUUUGGGCAUCGGUACAGAAACAGUGGAACCUGACAAUGAAGACCUCCUGGAAUCUAACACACAGAUCAGUAUUCUAAAAUUGGAGAAUGAAGUGGAUAAAAUGAAUGAAGAAUUUUCUCUGUGCACUACAAAGAUCUCAGAGUACAAUCAACAGAUUGAGUACUUAGAGAAGGAGCUAAGGAUCCAGGAUAAUUUUAUGCAGGAGCACGAUGGCAGUUUGGAAAUGCCACCAGAUGAUUUCAGUAAUUUGUUGCGAGAGCUUGCACAAGCCCGACACAAAGUGUCAAUUCUGCAUCUACAAAGACAUUGUGUAAUGAACAAGCUAUCAGAACUGGAGCCUAGAUUAACUGACCUUUACACAACACUGGAAACCAACCCCUCCAGUACCUCAGCCAUGAGAACAAAACUAUAUUCAGAGCAUGAUCGUAAAGUCAAGGAAGAUGAAUGUGUAAAGCAUGUAGUGUAAAGCUGUAGUGGUCACUAUUAUUUUGUAUAUGGAGAAAAAUAUAUCUUCUGUGCAUCCCUCUAUUUAUGAUUUGAAGAACCCCUAAACCAUCUUCUGUCCAGUCAAACUAAAUAAUACACCUGGUGGUAACCUGUACAUAUUGAUUAGGAGACACCAAGAGUUAGAGAACAGGAAUGUUUAAGUUUGUCAUUAAUUUUGAAAGUCUAAUGAAAUUUAGUAUCAGAAUCAGGUUUAUUAUCACUGACAUAUGUCAUGAAAUUUGAUGUUUUGUGUAAGCAAUACAGUGCAAGACAUAUGAAGUGAAAGACAUAUAAUUUACUAUAAGUUACAAAAAUAAAUAGUGCAAAAGAAAACUCAUGAGGUAGUUUUCAUGGGUUCAUGGACCGUUCAGAAAUCAGGCCAUUCAGGGCAAGGAAGAAGCUACUCCUAAAAGACUGCGUGCGAGUUUACAGACUCCUGUAUCACCUCCCAAAUGGUGGUAAUCAGAAGAAGGCACAUCCCAAAUUGUAAGGGUCCUUCAUGAUGGAUUCCAUCCUCUAGAGGCACCGCCUCUUAAAGAUGCCCUCGAUAUGGAUUUAAAAUGCAGCAUGUACUUUGCACUGUUGGCAAAAUCCAUUAAUUUACAUUAUUUCUCAGUUUUAUACUUGCACCAACUUGCUUGGCUGUAAUAGAGCCCUCAAAAUCACAAGAGACAAUCAAAGGGAUGUGCCCUUGUUAAUAGAAUGUGAUAAUAUCAACAUAAGAUCAACAUUAAUUUACAAGUCAAAAUGCAAGUUAUUUCCAUGAUCCUGCAGCCUAGUGAGGAAGCCAAUUUUGGAGGUAGCCUUGUUUGUUUAGGAGUGUAAUAAUGAAAAGAUUAAACCCUUAAUAAUUUGAUGUUGAUAUAUACAAUGACAAGAAGUUGUUCAAUCAUAUCAUUCCAAGUUGCUUUGAUUUAUAAAUGUAAAGAGGCUUCUAUUUCAAAGACACUUUGAAAUUUCCAUAUUGAAAUCUUAAUUUUUUUUGUCAGAAAUAUCAUUGAGUAACUAGUGUUUAAUUUGCAUCUUUAGAGAUUAUUGGUUUAUAAAACCUAUUUUUGUUGUGUUCUCACCCUUUACUGGUCUCUUGAAAUUCAGAUUUAAAGCUUAGGUUCCAACGGUUGUAUUUUUUCUCGGUAAUUUGCUGAUAACUUAUUUUCAGAUGAAUGCUGCCUUAAGUAGUUGUCCAUCUACAGCAGAAAGGGUAGCCUUGUAAAUAAACCAUGGGCCUCUGCAAGAUUCACUCAAGCUUCCACACAGAUGUUGAACAUGAGGAGUGUGAUGAGGAGAGGCGGGGUGGGGGUGGGAUUAUAGAGCUUCAAGUCUCAUCACUAUAGUGAACAAAGACCAAUUCCAAAGUGUGUAUCAUUGAAGCUUCUAUUCUCCUCCACCAUCACAUCUGCAGAGUGUUUCUUCUCACUAUUCUCAACUCUCCACCCUUUAAAGUUUAUCAGCACUGGCUGUUACUCAGCCAUGGUGACCUUACACACUUGAGUUCUAUCCCAAAAUUGAAACACCUGACAAAACUCUCCCCAACUCCAAACUUACUUCAAGCAUUCCUUCAGUUUCCUUUCCUAACCAUGAUUUCUUUUUAGAUGUUGCAGAUUUCUGGAUCAUUGGGAUCUCUUCUUUAGCCAGAGGGUCGUGGAUUUAUGGAAUUCGUUGCCACAUACAGCUGUGGAGGCCCGAUCAUUGAGGGUGUUUAAGGAGGAGAUUGACAGGUAUCUAAUUAGUCAGGGUAGCAAGGGAUAUGGGGAAAAAGCCAGAAAUUGGAACUAGAUGGGAGAAUAGUUCAGCUCAUGGUGGAGUGGCAGAGCAGACUCGAUGGGCCGAAUGGCUUACUUCUGCUCCUUUGUCUUGUGAUCUUGUGACCUUCUGGGGAAGGUAUGAUCUGUAUAAAAAGGACAGACUAUACCUGAACCUGAGGGGGAUAAAUAACUGUGUGGGCAGGUUUGCUAGAGCUGUUGGGAAGGGUUUAAACUUAUUUGGUGGAGGAUGGGAACCAGAGUGAUAGGACUGAGGAUGGGGCAGUUGGUAUACAAGUAGAUGCAGUGUGUAGUGAAACAGACAGGCAGAUGAUAGGGCAAAAUUGCAGUCAGUGGGAUGAGUUGAAGUGUAACACAGGAAAAAUCAAAAAGGGUGAUGAAUACAAGACUGAAGGUGUUAUAUCUAAAUGCAUGCAGUAUACAGAAUAAGGUAGAUGAUCUUGUAGCACAGUUAGUGAUUGGCAUCAACUGAGUCAUGGCUGAAAGAAGAUCAUAGUUUGGAGCUUAACAUCCAAAGAUAGAGUAUAUAUUGUAUAGAAAGGACAGGCAGGUAGGCAAGGUGGGUGGAGUGGAUCAAUUGGUAAAAAAAAAAAUGAUAUCAAAUCCUUAGAAAGAGCUGACAUAGGAUUGGAAGAUGUAGAAUCCUUCUGGGUAGAGUUAAGAAACUGCAAACACAAAAAGACCCUGAUGGAAGUUAUAUAUAGGCCUUCAAACGGUAGCCAUGAUGUGAGAUGUAAAUUAUAAUUGGAGAUAGGAGAGGCAUGUAAAAAGGGCAAUGUUAUGAGAGUCGUGAUAGAUUUCCAUAUACAGGUUGGUACUGGAUCUCAAGAGAGGGAAUUUGUAGAAUGCUUAUGAGAUACCUUUGUAGAGCAGCUUGAGGUUGAGCCAAUUUGGGAAAAGGGAAUUCUGGACUGGGUGUUGUGUAAUGCACCAGAUUUCAUUAGAGAGUUUAAGGUAAAGGAACCUUUAGGAGACGGUAAUCAUACUAUAAUAGAAUUCACCCUGCAAUUUGAGUGGGAGAAGCUGAAGUCAGAUGUAUCAGUAUUACAGUGGAGUAAGUGUAACUGCAGAGGCAUGAGAGAGUUGCUGGUCAAUGUUGAUUGGUAGGGGACUGUAGCCAGGAUGAUGGUAGAACAGCAAUGGCUAGAGUUUCUGAGGCAUUUCAGAAGGUGCAGGAUAGAUAAACCCAAACGUGAAGAAUUAUUCUAACGGGAGGGUGAAGCAACCAUUGCUGACAAGGGAAGUCAAAGACAGCAUAAAAGAGGACAUAUAGCAAAAAUUAGUGGGAAGUUAGAGGAUUGGGAAGCUUUUAUAAACCAAAAGAAGGCAACCAAAAAAAAGCCAUGAGGAGAGAAAAGAUAAAGUAUGAAGGUAAACUAGCUAAUAAUAUACAAAAGGAUACCAAAAGUUUUUUAGAUAUAUAAAGAGGAAAAGGUGGGUGAGAACACUGGAAAAUUACCAUGGAGAGGUAAGUUAUUGGGGACAAAGAAAUGGCAGAUGAACUUAAUAAGUAUUUUGCAUCAGUCUUCACUGUGGAAGACACUUGCAGUAUGCUAGAUAUUUUGAGAAUGUCACGGGAGGACAAAAGUGAGUGUUGUUGUCAUUACUGAGGAGAAGGUGCUUGGGAAGCUGAAAGGUCUGAUGGUAGAUAAGUCGCCUGGACCAGAUGGACUACACCCCAGGGUUCUGAAAGAGGUAGCUGAAGAUACUGUGGAGACAUUAGUAAUGACCUUUAAAGUAUCACUAUAUUCUGGAAUGUUCUGGAGGACUAGACAAUUGCAAAAGUUACUCCACUCUUUAAGAAGGGAGGGAGGCAGAAGAAAGGAAAUUAUAGGCCAUUUAGCCUGACUUCAGUGGUUAGGAAGAUGUUGGAGUCCAUUUUAAAGGAUGGAGCUUUGCUGUACUUGCAGGCACAUGAUAUAGGCUACAGUCAGUAUGGAAUCAUUGGGAAAUCCUGCCUGAAAAUCUGUUGGAAUUCUUUGAGGAAAUAACAGGCAGGAUAGACAAAAAAAAGAGUCAAUUGAUGUUUACUUGGAUUUUCAGAAGGUCUUUUACAAGGUACUGCACAUAAGGCUGCUUAACAAGACAAGAGCCUAUGGUAUUACAGGAAAGAUACUAGCAUGGACAGAAGAUUGGCUGUCUGGCAGGAGGCAAAUAAUGGGAAUAAAGGGGGUCUUUUCUGUUUUUUAUGCCAGUGACUAGUGGUGUUCCACAGAGGUUGGUAUUGUGACUGCUUAUCACAUUAUAUGUCACUGAUUUGGAUAACAGAAUUGAUAGCUUUGUGGUCAAGUUUGCAGACGAUACAAAAAUAGGUGGAGGGGCAGUUAGUGUUGAGGAAGCAGUGAGUUUGCAGAAGGAAUUAGACAGUUUGGGAGAAUGGGCAAAGAAGUAGCAGUUAGAGUAUAAUGUAGGGAAGUAUAUGGUCAUGUACUUUGGUAGAAGGAAUAAAGGCGUAGACUAUUUUCUAAACCAGGAAAAAAUUCAAAAAUCAGAGGUGCAAAAGGGUUGGGAGUCCUUGUGCAGUAUUCCCUAAAGGUUAACGUGUAUAUUGAGUCAGUGGGAAGGAAGUCAAAUGCAAUGUUAGCUUUAAUUUUGAGAGGAUUAGAAUAUAAAAGCAAGGAUGUAAGGCUGAGGCUCUAUAAGGCACUGGUCAGACCACACAGAGUAUUGUGAGCAGCUUUGGGCCCCUUAUCAAAGAAAAGAUGUGCUGGCAUUGGAGAGAGUCCAGAGAAGUUCAGAAGUAUGAUUCCAGGAUUUAAAGGGUUACCAUAUUAGGAGUGUUUGAUGGUUCUGGGCCUGUACACACUGGAGUCUGGAAGAAUGAGAGGGGUUCUUGGUGAAACCUUUCUGAUAUUAAAAUGCCUAGAUGGAGUGGACACGGAGAGGAUGUUUCCAAUAGGGGGAGAGUCUAGGACUAGAGGGUGCAGCCUCGGAAUAGAGGGACAUCCAUUUAGAACGGAGAUGAGGAGGUAUUUCUUCAGCCAGAGGGUGGUGAAUCUCUGGAAUUUCUUGUCACAGACAGCUGUGCAGGCCAGGUCAUUAAGUAUAUUUAAAGGGGAGGUUGAUAGGUUCUUGAUUACUUGGGGGGUCAAAGGUUACGAGGACGAGGCAUGAGAAUGGGGUUGAAAGGGAUAAUAAAUCAGUGGUGGCUAGACUCACUGGGCCAGAUGGCCUAAUUCUGCUCCUAUAUCUUAUGGAAACACAGAAAACCUACGGCACAAUACAGUCCCUUCAGCCCACAAAGCUGUGCCGAACAUGUCCUUAACUGAGAAAUUACCUAGGGUUACCCAUAGCCCUUUAUUUUUCUGAGCUCCAUGUACCUGUCCAGGAGUCUCUUAAAAGAGCCUAUUGCCUCCACCACCGUCGCCAGCAGCCCAUUCCACGCACUCACCACUCUCUGCGUUUUUUUUAAAAAAACUUGCCCCCUGACAUCUCCUCUGUACCUACUUCCCAGCACCUUAAGACUGUGCCCUCUCGUGUUAGCCAUUUCAGCCCUGGAGAAAAAGCCUCUGACUAUCCACACGAUCUUAUGUUCUUAUGAUUGACACUGGUUACUGUUGCCCUGCCAUACAGUUAUUUCUGAUGGUCUCUGACAACAGAAGCUGGUGAGUGGAUUGAAACAUGAACUUACAAAAAUAAUCAUGUUUUUAUGUGAUUGUUCUGUUCCAAACCUGAUAAUAUGCCCCACUGUUGUGCUUAAACUGAGACAUUGGAUACUAAUAUGAUGUUUGUCAAAAAUUUGGAUUCUGCUUAAAACGUUUUUCAAACUUGUCUUUCUUUUCUGUUGUAGCAUUAUAGUUAUGAUAAUAUUCAUUGAAAAACAUGGUAAAUUGUAUUGAAGUGUUGCUAAUCUGCUUUAUAAAU